AUGCUUAUCAAUUGUGGUCCCCUGACAGACUUCACACAGACACGAUAUGUGAUCCAUCUAUCCACCAGGAAGCGACUGGUCUUAUUUCGCUUACCCUCCAUCGACCCGUCGGGUUCAAAACCCAACGAGACGCAAGGAUGGUCAUACUACGCCAUGGAGGCCGAAUGUCCCCAUGCUGGUGGACCCAUGGCCGACUCACAGGUAGAUAUUGAAGACUCGGCAUAUAUCGUGUCCUGUCCCUGGCACGCGUACGAUUUCAACGUCGAGACGGGAGAGUCGAGUGUAGGCAUCAAAGCCUGCACUUUCCCUGUCGAUGUGCGCGAUGGUUCUGUGACGAUAGACUUCCCGGUCAAGGAUGGUGUACCUGUUGGCUUGGGUAGACUCGAGCCAGUCAGCGAGAAAGUGAAGUUGAAGCAUGCGCGACCCUCCGACAAGCCAGCACCUAAACAAGAAGAUCCCGGCAUGACACAAUAUCUCGGUGACGACGCGACAUUGUGUGACUGGGCUGUUCAUAUUUUGAGCACUGCUAACCCGGAGCACAAAAUUGAACUGACCACUCAUUUGUACAACAUUUUCACUUCGAGGGAAGGCACUUCCACGCCCAUGGACAUUGGAAGAGGCACGGUGACCGCCCCGGAUCAACCACCGCGUGAGAAUAUGGUCGAAGUGAAACCAGGCGCGAUGCCUAAAACUGGAAAGGGAGGGUCUUUGAAAAGCAGAAUCGCCAUGCUCCAUGCGCUAGCCAAUAUCGAGCUCUGGGCUAUCGAUCUAGCAAUCGACAUUUGCGUCCGAUUUUCAACAUUCAAGACGGCCGAAGAGACCCCCCAAGAGCUACCCCGGGCAUAUUUCCAUGACUGGCUGAAGGUUGCAAGUGACGAGGCCAAACACUUUUCCCUCCUGCGUACCCGAAUCGAGGAAAUGGGCUCUCAUUUUGGCGCGCUGCCCGUCCACCACGGUUUAUGGCAAUCUGCUACGGAAACAGCACACGAUCUCCGAUCUAGAAUCAGUAUCAUCGCCUUAGUCCACGAAGCCCGAGGUCUUGAUGUCAAUCCCAUGACGAUUCAAAAGUUCCGUAACGCCCAAGACAACGAGAGCGUCGAAGCGCUGGAGGUUAUUCAUAACGAUGAAAUCACGCAUGUUACGACUGGUCAUCGAUGGUUGACUUGGAUUUGUGCCCAGGAAGGUACAGAUCCGGUACGCGUCUUCCGUGACAACGUUUCCAAACACUUCCGAGGGAGCAUUCAGGGACCGUUCAACGAGGAAGCUCGCUUGCAGGCAGGCAUGGACCGUCGUUACUACGGGAUUACUCCGACUCCGGUUGCAGCUUCAUAA